UAAAGUUUUAUUCAUAGAACCCUUUUACGGGGGCUCUCAUAAGGCUCUUAUAGAUACACUUAUUAAAAGUAUGUUCUAUAAUGUUACCAGAAACUAUGGUUAAUGCUUUAUUUUGUUUAGUUAGAUAUAAAUCCAGAAUUGUACACUUUUGUCAAUUUACCGGCCAAAAAGUGGCAUUGGAGAGCAAGAUGUGGAGCUCUAGUCUUAUCUACUUUAAUUCCAGUAAUUACGGGUGAAAAGGUUUUAUUUUGUAGCUCAGUUUUAAACUUAACCGAGUUAAUUGGGUUAAGAUCAGAUUUACAAUCUUUGAAAAAAGUUGUAUAUUUUCAUGAAAAUCAAUUGGUUUAUCCUAUUCAAGAGAUAAAAGAAAGGGAUGUACAGUAUGCAUAUAAUCAAAUUAUUACAAGUUUGACUGCUGAUAUAGUGUUAUUUAACUCAGAUUUUAACAGACAAUCAUUUUUAAAUAAUAUAAAUAAACGAGUAAAGUUAAUACCAGAUCACAGGCCUAAAUAUAUCAAAGAAAAGAUUCAAUCCAAAUCUAAAGUUUUAUAUUUUCCUUUAGAUUUACCCAAAGAUAUAUUUUUGAAUAAAAAAAAAGUCUCUUGUCUACACAUAGUUUGGCCUCAUAGAUGGGAGUUUGACAAAGGACCGGACGAUUUCUUCACUGUUUUAAUGAAAUUAAAAGAAAAUAACUGCAAUUUUAAAUUAUCCUUACUUGGUGAGACAUUCACAAAAAAUUCUGAAAUUUUUGAAAAGGCUAAAUUAAUAUUUGCUGAAGAGAUUAUAAAUUUUGGUUUUGUUAGUAGUAAAAACGAGUAUUUCAGUAUAUUACAGUCUAGUCAUGUUGUUGUGUCUACAGCUAAACAUGAAUUUUUUGGUGUUUCAAUGAUGGAAGCCACAUAUUAUGGAUGCUUUCCCUUAGCUCCAAAUGGUUUAGUUUACCCAGAAAUUUAUCCAAAAGAAUCCUUAUAUUCUGAUAUAGAUGAUUUAUAUAAAAAAUUACAAAGAUUUUGUGUUAAUCCCAGUAUGGCCAUAGAACUAAGAAAUAAUUUAAACAUUGACUUUUCAAAAUAUUCCCUGGAACAAUCAUUACCAGAGUUUUAUGACAUUUUAAAUGAAUAAUAUUUUUAAGGU